GCGGAGGGAUACCGAAAGGGGUGCUGAGGCUCCGAGGCGGGGGUUUGAAUAAAGCGAGGUGAGCUCCCGCGCGCGCGCGCUUUGACAGGGAAGGUUAAAAAGACCCGGAUGAGAAGCGGCUCGCGCGAAGGGAAGAGAGGGACGGAGACAGGUAAAAUAUGCGAAUGAGAAAAUGCCACUAUAUGGGAAAAUUGUUGUUAUUAAAAGGAAUGGGACCGAUGGGACUCAUUUUCCAUUAACUGCAAGUUCUUGCUUGUUUGGAAGAAAAAAAGAAUGUGACAUCCGAAUUCAGAUUCCACUGGUCUCUAAAGAACACUGUAAAAUUGAAGUCAAUGAAAAUAAGGAGGCUACUUUGUUUAACUUAAGUUCUGCAACUCCAACACAACUGAAUGGAAUUAAUGUUCAAGAUCCCACAUACUUGAAGCAUGGAGAUGUACUGACUAUUAUUGAUCGUUCUUUCAGGUUUGAAUAUCCACCUCUGUCACCUCCACGGAAGAGAAUUUCCAGAUCUCAAGAGAAGGAAACAUUACAGGUUCUCCAUGUUCAGCAGGAAGAACAGGAGUCGCUGCACUCUCGGGAUUCAGAAAACAGAAAUUCUCAGAUUUCUGAGAAAAAACAUGAGUGCGGGAGUGAGACUCUUGUUAGUGAGAAGAAAAGAACUAAAGAACAUACUGGGCAGUAUAGCACAUAUGAAUUUCCAUAUAAAAUACACCAGCCAGAAAGAAAAGAUGAGAUGUCUCCAUUCAGCAAACUGUAUGAAUUAAUGAAAUAUGAAGGCAGUGCAAAAAACACAGAAGAAAAUGCAAUAUCCACACCACAAAAAGGGUAUUCACCCCCAGAAUAUGGUAAUUCCAUACCUCAAGCUGCAUCUCAAGUCCCAGCUAGGUGCUCUGUGGAUAAUCAAACUAAGAGUGAAGCAGAAAUUUUGAAUGGAGUUUCCCAUUCUGGUAAUAUUAAAAGUCAGGAAGUAAACAGUGUGUCAAACCUUGUAUGUUUUGAUAAGAACAGCUCUAGAAGAUCAUCUGGAAGAAGACUGGCUAAAAGUAUUCAAAGCUAUGCCACAAAACAGAAAGAAGGUGGUGAAGAUGCAAAUCAGUUAAAUAUCUGUAACAAAGUUGUAGUUGUAGAAGAGAAUGAACUAGAAAAAUCUAAAGUUAUAAACAGUGCUAAUAAAGUUUUCAGAGCAACUAGAAGUACAAAAUACUUUCCUCAGCCAUGUUGCAUAAUUACUUUGGACUCUACCGAUACAACAAAAUACAUUAAACCAGAAAAAGCUGAUAUUAAUAUGGAAGCUAAGGUCACAGACACAGCUGAAUCUGAUGACAGUGAUUUGCUGACACCAAAAUCUAAGAGAGAAAAUUUUCAACCACAUCCUAAGCUAUAUACUAGAAAUGCCAGAAGUCCUUCAAAGUUUAGAAUGCAACAGGAAGAACUAGAUUCAUUGAUUGAAAUGAAGAGUUAUUCAGAGAAUUCAUCUAAAACUGAGAAAUAUUCAGUACAUGCUUGUAUGGAGGGGCAUGAAUCUGACAACACUGUUGAAAACAGCUAUCCUAAAGUAAUGGAGUGUAACACAGAGAUGACUACAGAACAAAUAAAUGCUCAGGAAGAAACAAAAAUGGAGACCAGUGAAAGUCAUAUCUCCAAAAAUAGGAACUCCAGAAUGGUUGCUUCUCCACAUCACAGUAAUAAAAGUAGAAGCCCCAGAAUGAAUACCGAACAAAAUAAAGGGUCUCCAAAUAGAAGUUCUUUUAUAAAGCUAACUACAGAAGAAUUGUUUGUCAUUCCUGCAGAUUCUUGUACAGGUAGAAUAACACCUGUUAAGAUGGAUGAUGCUAGUGUGGGCAGAGAUUGGCUUCAGGAGGAGGAAGAUAAGAUAAAACAACAAACCACAAAGGAUCAUGACCAGAAUGUUGACACAAAAAAUAAUGCAGCAGUGUCUUUCAACCUAUCUGAAACUGAUCAUGAUAAUGGUGUUGUAGUGCCAUCUGAACCUGUUUCAGAAUCAAACAUGUCAAGCCCGUUAAUUACAAAGUCAGAGAUUAAAAAAUCUCCUCAAAAGCGUAAAAGUAGACAGCUACUAACUCAACCACUUGGGAAAAGAAAGAGAGUGUCUUUUGGUGGCCACCUCAGUCCUGAACUAUUUGAUAAACGUUUACCUCCAAACUCACCACUGAAAAAGGGUGCAAUUCCUGCAAGACUGAGCUUACCAUUUGGAAACUCACCUCGAGCAGUUCUGAAAAAGGUUGCAGGAUUAAGACAGUUUGUAACCAAGGAGCAGCACAAAACUAAUUUGAUGAAAAUGUCUGCCUCCCCUCCGGCCUGCAGGUCCCCGUCUGCCUCCCCUCUGGCCCGCAGGUCCCCGUCUGCCUCCCCUGCGGCCCGCAGGUCCCCGUCUGCCUCCCCUCCGGCCCGCAGGUCCCCAUCCGCCUCCCCUCUGGCCCGCAGGUCUCCAACCGCCUCUCCUUUGGCCCGCAGGUCCCCGUCUGCCUCCUCUCUGGCCCGCAGGUCCCCGUCAGCCUCCCCUUCAGCCCGCAGGUCCCCGUCCGCCUCCCCUCCGGCCCGCAGGUCCCCAUCUGCCUCCCCUCCGGCCCGCAGGUCCCCGUCUGCCUCCCUUCCGACCUGCAGGUCCCCCGCUGCCUCCCCACCAGCUAUCUUAUCUUCUAACAUAGUUCAAAGAAAAGGGCGCUUCUCUGUUACUCAUGUUACCUGUCCAUCAUCAGAGGAACAGGAUCCCAUUGCCAUGCAUUGCCACCUGAAUGAAGAAUUUGCUGAAGUAAAGACACCUCAUUCUCCUGAUCCAUUAUCUAAAGCUGCUUCCUCAGUAAGGAGAAGCAAAAACUUUGCUCCAAAGAGAAGUUCCUUGCGCAGGAGUGGCACAAUGAAUCUUAUUCACUCUAAAAGACGAAGUGGUGCUUCGGAAGCCAAUUUGAUGGUUGCAAAGUCUUGGGCUGAAGUAGUGAAACAGGGUGUUCCAAAAUCACAGAUAAAGACUAACAAAACAUGUGGCAUUAAAAGAAAAGCACCUAAGAAGAUACCUACAAAACCAUCAAAGAACAAUGUUUCCAUGUUAAAAACACCAAUAAGAAAAAUCAAGGGUCACUUUACUACAGGCCAUGCAAAUUCUCCAGCUCCAAUUUUGAUUGGAAAAGCUCAUUCCAACACCAUGAAUUUAGCUGCACAAGUUCCUAAAGUGAUGUUCAACUAUCCUUUGAAGCAACAACAUAACUUAAAUGAAAGUUUUACAGGGAUGGCUGAGAUGUUCAAGACUCCAAUGAAAGGGGAGGAGAGGAGUUCUCUUUCUUCUGGUCAAAAGACUACACCAGACAUCAUCUCAGAAAUGCAUUCUUCAGGAGAAUCUGGUACACAUCCUUACAGAAGUAAAAGAAAUACAAGAGGAAAGGCUAUCCCAGUAAAAAUAGAAAAUAAAAUUUCAGAGAUAGAAAGCAUUGGAAACAGCAUAUAUAAAAGAAAUACAAGAGGAAAAGCUAUCCCACUGAAAACAGAAAUUGAAAUAUUAAACACAACUAAUGAAUAUGAAAGUGGAAGUAAAAAAUUCACAUCUAAAAUAUGUAAAAUUGAAGCUUUGGAAAGCAAUAUAGCAGAAGUCCAAGAAAAUGCAGUGAGGAGGGGAAAAGGGAAAAAAGUAACAUUCCUACUUGAGAAAAAUAAUUCUAUGUCUCUUGAAGACAAAUGUGUUCUUGGAGAUAACAGUAUUAUUCCUGAAGAAGAAAGGAGUUCAUUUUCUGAAAGCUCUACUUCCUCUGCUAAAGAGAACACAUCACGAAAGAGCAAAAAGAAAGUGUCUGUUGUAUCACAACAACUUUGCUUUUCUCUUUCGGAAGAGAAAGACACAUUAGAGAUUUGUGGAAACAAAGGCAAGAAGGGCAUAAAGUCUUCUUUUGAAGACAUUAUUCUUACAAAAGAUGACCCUUUAGUCGUUAGUUCUAGUUUUUUCCAAGGAAAAACUGUGCCUGAAAUUCAAGUUGAAGAGAGUCCUAAUGAAACUCAGAAUGUCUCCCUGGAAAACAGUCAAACUCCUGCAGUUCACAGUCCACUAAAAAAGCAAGAUGUUGCAGAAGAAAAUCUACCCAGGAGAGGACAAAAUAGACAAAUCAUUUCUCAUGAAAUAUGUACAGAAUAUGACAGUAAACAGUCAAGUGACAUGAAAAAACAGAAUGUGGUUUUUGCCAGUGAAGAGAAACAGCCAAAAAGGGGUAGAGGAAGAAGGGCUGUCCCUGCAUUCCAAAUACCUUUGCCUCUAGAAAGUAUUACUCUUGCAAAAAAAAGCCCCAAAACAGACCACAUUAGCUCUUCCCAAACAGAAUGUUCCUUGCAACAAAUUCAAAAAGAAGAAAAUACUAAUGAAACUCUAAAGGAUCCUGUGGAAAGCAUGCAAACUUCUACAGAGCGCCAUCCAGCAAGAAGCCGAAAAGCAGCAAAAGAGAAUCCACUCGGAACAGGUAGAAGUAAACAAGGUAUUGCUCAUGAAACUUCCACAGAAUACGACAAUAAAAAGGCAACUGAAGUAAUAGACUGCAAUGUGGGCGUUGCAAUAAAUGAGAAUCAACAAAAAAGGGUCAGAAGGAAAAGGGGUUUGCCUGUACUCCAGGAUGAAAGUCUUACAAAGGAAAGCCCAACACCAUUCAGCUUCAGUUCUGCCAAAGGAGAUGAAUCUUUGCAACAAAUUCAAAAUGAAGGCUUGCCCAGUGAAAGCCAAAAAGUGUCCAGGGAAGUUGUACAAACUCCUGCAGAGCACAGUCCACCAAAAAAGCAAAAAGAAGCAAAAGAGUAUCGUCUCAGGAGAGGCAGAAGAAAAGAUUUCAUCUCUCAUGAAACUUCCACAGAAUUUAGCAGUAAGCAAGCAAUUGAAAUAAUAGACCAUGGUAUAGAUCUUAUCAAAGAAAGGAAUCAACCAAAACGGGGCAGAGGGAACAAAGCUGUGCCUGUAUUGCAAACACCUCUGCUAAGGGAAGAUACUGCUUUUGCAAAAGAAGAUCCCAAAACAGACAGCUUCAAUUCUGCCCAAGGGGAAUGUUCACUGCAACAAAUUCCAAAUGAAGCAAAUGUUUGUGAAACCCAAGAAAUGCCCAUGGAAAGUGCAGAGCAUAGCCCACCAAAAAGAUUUAAAAUAGCACAAGAGGAUCCACCCAGAAGAGGUAGAAGAAAAGCAGCUUAUCAAGAAACAUUGACAGAAUGUGAGAAGAAACAGGCAACUGUUCUAAAAGAUGAAAAUACAGUUGUCAGAAAUGCUGACUCUGCAAAAAAGAAUGAAUCAAAAAGAGGCAGAAGAAGAAAGAUUGUCCCUGCAUCCCAAGAAUCUCCCCUCAAAAAUAAUAACUUAAUUUUGUUGCCAACAAUCAAAAGUAAAAGUGAAGUGGAACAACCAAGCAGUGUUUGGGAAACUGCAGCUACUGCAAGUGAGAGUCUACCACGUAAAAGCAGUAGAAAAAAAGAUGACAGAACUGCAACAGGCUCAGUUCCUGCUAAUGACAAAUCUAAAUUGCUUGAUAAUGGCAAGGAGGAAAAAAUGCUUGAAGAUGUUAAAGAUUUGAGAGAAGAGAGUGUACCCAAGAGAGGAAGGAGAAGACAAUUAGUUCAUGAAAUUUCAAGUAAUAACCAACUAGGAAACAGUGAAAAUACUAUAUCCAUAAAUGAUAAAACUGUGCAUUUUGAAAGAGAUUUUGAAAAAAAGACUCGGUCAAAGAGGAAUAAGGAGAAAGAGAAUGUUCUUGUAUCUGAGCUACUGCCUUCUCUCAAAGUAAGCAUCACUCUGCCAUCAUCGUCUUCAGAUAAAGGUAGAACUGCUAAUGAAAAUCAAAGCACACUUGUUGAAAAUGUUGGGAAAGGGAAACGAGCAAAAUAUGGUAGAAAUAAUAAUAAAAUAAUGGAAUGUGCCACAUCUGUCAAAAGAAACAACAAACAUACUCUAGAGGUUUUUCAAGAAAAGGAUUUAGAAAAGACAACUUUGGCAAAUGACAAACCGUACAGAAGAGGCAGAAAAAUAGGUGAUGUGUUCGAAUCAACCAUUGCCGUUUCUCUCAAAGAAAAAGAUAGAUUAACCGCAAGCACAUGUUCUGCUUCUGAGGAUCAGCAGGAGGUUCUGGAUAAUCAAAGUAUCACUUUUCACAAGGAUAAAAAUAGUGAUUCUGAAUUCACAACUCAAGAGGCAAACAAGAAUUCAAUCAGAAUGGGCAGAAGAAAACAAGAAAGGAAUGGCUCAGAAACUUCAGAUAUUGCAGAGAAUAAAUCAAAAUCUAAAAAAGAAAAAGCUGAAAGUACAACAUUGACAAAAGGAAAGAAAAUGAAAGAUCAUACCACAGCUGUGAUUGAACCUACUACAGAGUCAGAAGGCAGGACAAGAAGCAGCAGAAGAACAAGAAAGUGAAUAUUGAAAUCAUUGGUUCUCAUGCCUGGUGGACAUAGGGAGAGGUUCCAGCUGAAACGCUGCAACUGUGAAGACAAAAUUGUUUUGUACACUAUAACUUAG